AUGUCGACACAAAAAGGAAAGGACAACAGCCAGUCUGCCACUGGAAUGUGGAGCCCCAGACAGACAGAGGCGCGACAGCUGAUUUGCAUGCCGUGGCCGAAAGUGCAAGUGCAAUUGGCUAUCUUUAGCGUGCAGGCGCAGGCCAACGGCAGCGGCGGUGGCUUCUGGUUCAGGUACCAUUUCGGGAAGGCGUGCCAUGCUCAUAAAAAGAACGGAGAUUGGAAGCUGCGAUGCAAAGAUAUUAGCGCCGAGUCAUUUACACGUCCCGAAUAG